AUUACGUCAAAGCCUACGGGCGGUGGACUUUAGACAGAGGGACGGGUGACACAGGCUACAGAAGACUGUCUCCUUCCUGGAAAGAAACGCAGCAAGUUUAGACAUGGCCAAGUUCCUCACACAGGUUAGGAUCAAUGAGUUCAAAGAAUGCUUCUCCUUGUAUGACAAGAAGCAAAAGGGCAAGAUAGAUGCCAAAGACCUGAUCACAGUCAUGCGCUGCCUGGGUACAAGCCCCACGUUCGGAGAAAUCGACCGACACCUACAAGUCCACAAAAUUGCAAAGACAGACGAGGUGGACUUCUCUGUGUUCCUGACAAUGAUGCACAGGCAGAUGCAGCAGGAGGACCCCAAGAACGAAAUCCUGCAGGCCUUCAGGAUGACAGACAAGCAGAAGAGGGGACACAUCCAGGCGAGUGAGCUGCGGGCCAAGCUCACCCAGUUAGGAGAGAAACUCACGAACAAAGAAGUUGAUGAGAUCUUCAGUGAGGCAAACGUGCAGUCGAAUGGGAUUGUAAAGUACGAGGAGUUCAUCGACGUUGUGAACCUGCCACCGAUCGAUUACUGAUUAAUUUUUAUCAUUUUUUUCGGGAGUGGGACACAAAACAACUUCAGAUUUAGAAACAAGCCACGGUGGGAGAGACUGGUGCCUUUUUGGUGCGGGCAGAAAACAGAGGAAAAAAAAAAAUUCUUCAGUUGGCCUUUCCAUGAAUUUCGCCAGAUAAUUUAAUGAAGUGGCUGAACAUAAUAUGAAGCACUGCUGUACCUUCAGAUUUAAUGAUUUAAUGUCUGGUUUGAUUGCACUGAAUUGAAUGCCUUUGUCAUUGUCAUGUAAUUUUACACAGUAAAACGAGAUUAAGAUGCAAUUCCCUUGACGCAUCAAUUUCAAAUAAAAAUGAAAAAAAGCAAUAUAUAAUAAAUACUGUCAAAAGAAGAAGAAACAUGUGUUGAAGUGUAGUGCAGUUCUGAUGUCAUUAGCAGUUGAUGUGUUGUGUGUGGACCACAUUUCUCUGUCAGUGUGUUUUAUUAAAACGUCCAUCUGUCAUAUGUUUCUUUAUCUCACACAGUUUUAGGUGCAUAAUUGUCUUCUCAGCUUAAGUUUCCCCUGAUGAACGUUUCCAUACGAUAUCAGUAUAAAAAUAGCCACACGUUGCUCAUUAAUAAAUGAAUGACACGUAAUUGCUGCAUUGCCCAUUACAGUGACAUUCAGUUUGAGUUGUGAUCAGAACGGCCGCUUCAUCUGUGACACUGCGUCGUAUUAAGCUCCCUCUACACAAUAAGCAAUUAGUUUAUCAAACUAAUUGAAAAAUGAUCUUUCUGCGGUGAAGACGCCAUAAUCCAUUCACUGAAAAAUCAUACAUGGUACAUACAUACAUAAUAUCACAACCCGCUGCUGAUUGUGAUUUAAUUUUGCCACUACGUCGUUUGAUAUAAAGGGUUUAACGACAGAAAGUAAUUUAGUUUUGUUGCCUCCAGCGUCAGAAUUAAAAAAAAGUUUUAGUUUUUUUAUGUGGCAGGAAUAACAAAUAUCUGUGUUUCACUUAAACGGAUACGCCACCCCUAUGUGACAUUUACUCACCACAGUGAGAAAAAGCGUUUUUAAAUCGGUCCAGAUGUCGUCCUAAUCCGGCAGCGCAGCUGUUAGCAAGAAAUUACAUCUAAACUCAUACAGUUUAAAAUGGUUCAUAGGAUACACUAUAGCAAAUCCAGGCUUGCCAAGAUAUUCCCAGACACGACUGACACUUGUGACAGAUGUUCCCAUGCUCCUUGUAAUCUUACUCAUAUGUUUUGGUCAUGCAUUAGGCUAAGGGAUUACUGGGAGUCUUAUUUCAGAAUAAUUUCAGUAAUAUCUGAACAAAUAACAGAACCAUGCUCACAGGUUACUUUUUUUUUACUCUAACUCUUACUCUAUGAAAAUUUACUUCAUUAAUAGCUCGCUGUAGAAUAUGGAAGAACUUGUCACCUCCAUCACCCACUUCAUGGCUGCGUAAUACAAUGUUAAGAUUACAUUUUUACAUCAACCUCUGAUCAAUGACUUUAGUGGAAUGGGCUCCCUUUCCCCAGACUGAUUAUCUGGAUGAGACAUCCAAUACUGACUGUACUGAAUGUAUUGUUCUGUUAUGUUUGUUAUUAAUAAUUCCUUUUUUAUUUUCCUCUGUGUUUAACACUGAUAUAACUCUUGUCAACACUAAUACACCUCAUUCUGAUCUUUUA